UAAAGCCUUUGUUGUGUGUGCUAUUUUUCCAAUAGUGAUCCGAAUCACUUUCGGUCUGAUAAUUCUCCUAAAGUGAUUGCCAUGCCGAUUGGUCACACUGAAAGUCCACCAGAGUGUUAGAAUUAAUCAUCUUUCAGACCUUCAAAAAAAGACCAAAAGGGAUGUUUAAUCCCAGAAAUUAUGAUUUAGCACUAAGUAUGUCAAAUGACUGGAGGAUUUGGGAGGUGUGACUACUGCAGGAGAGUAAAUAAAGUACGGUGCACGUUAAGCUCUCCCCCCCAGCCCAUCCCGCACCACCCUCCUCUUGCCCUUCUGCCAGCGUCUGCAUUGGCGUCACAGAGGGAUUUUGGCCGGUCUAGCUUAUUCCAUGUCUUCACAAAGGAGGUGUGCUAAACACUGGACAGCAGCACUAUCCCUCAUUUCCCUGAUACUACAGGAGAGGCUGGAAGAACGAAAUAAGUCCAUGUAUUGUGGUCUGUAAACCUCCCCCCUUGAUUUCAUUUAUUAACCUGGACGUCUCCUUGAGAACAUAUUCUGUUCUGCUCAUAGAUUAAUUGCAUUGUUGCUGUCUAGGAUGGCGGGUAUGAAGGAGCAGCUGUUCACCGAGGAGAAACCCCUGCUUCCUGAACAAAGAGGAGUGGACUCAGAUGUGACGCAGCCCGAUGGAGGAGAGGAGGGGUCCGGGGUUGCGAGCACAAACAUCAGUGCUGACCCCGUGCCACAAACCCACUCCCCCUCUCCCCACAGUCGGCCCGCUCAGCGCUGGCAUGUCAUCGCGCGGCACUGGCUCCGCCAGACCCGCUGUCGGACCGGCGAGGUCAACCGGGAGACCUGUGAUCAGAUGAUCCCUACCGGAGACUGGAAGGAACACGAUGUCGAGACCCCCUAUGGGAUGCUGCAUGUGGUGAUCCAUGGGGCACCCAAAGGAAACAAGCCAGCCAUCCUCACCUACCAUGAUGUGGGCCUCAACCACAAGCUGUGCUUCAACAGCUUCUUCAACAGCGAGGACAUGUUGGAGAUCACCAAGCACUUUGUGGUCUGCCACGUGGACGCUCCUGGCCAGCAGAUAGGGGCGUCUCCCCUGCCACAGGGGUACCUGUACCCCACUAUGGACCAGCUGGCAGGGAUGCUGCCCAGUGUGGUGCAGCACUUUGGCUUCAAGAGCAUCGUUGGGGUUGGGGUUGGAGCUGGAGCCUACAUCCUGGCCAAGUUUGCGUUGAUCUUCCCUGAUCUGGUGGAAGGCUUGGUGCUGCUCAACAUUGAUCCCAACGGGAAGGGCUGGAUCGACUGGGCUGCCGGCAAGAUCACUGGCCUGACCAGCAACCUGCCUGACACUGUGCUGCCUCACCUCUUCAGCCAGGAAGAGCUGAUGAGCAACACAGAGCUGGUGCAGAGCUACAGGCAACAAAUCGGCAACACCAUCAACCAGGUCAACCUGCAGCUUUUCUGGAACAUGUACAAUAGCCGGAGGGACUUGGAGAUGAACCGUAGUGGGACUGUCCUCAACUCCAAGACUCUUAAGUGCUCUGCCAUGUUGGUGGUGGGGGACAACGCACCUGCAGAGGAGGGAGUGGUUGAAUGCAACUCAAAACUGGAUCCAACCAACACAACCUUCCUAAAGAUGGCGGACUCCGGCGGACUGCCCCAGCUCACACAGCCUGCCAAACUGGCCGAAGCCUUCAAGUACUUCCUCCAAGGCAUGGGCUACAUGCCGUCUGCCAGCAUGACCCGCCUGGCCCGCUCCCGGACCGCCUCUCUGACCAGCGGCAGCUCCAUAGAGGCGGCCCGCUCCCGAACCUGCACCCACUCAGACAGCACCGAGGGGGUGGCCCCGGUCACCCAGACCAUGGAGGUGUCCUGCUGAGGACGCCCAGCUGAGAGGGAGGGAGAGAGAAAGAGAGAGAGAGAGAGAGAGAGAGAGAGAGAGAGAGAGAGAGAGAGAGAGAGAGAGAGAGAGAGAGAGAGAGAGAGAGAGAGAGAGGGAGGGGGGGGAAGGACGUAGACGAAGGACUGAGAGGAAGACACUCUGUAUCGGGUGAUACAGAGAGUGAGCAGAUGAGAAGCGGGUGGAAGGUUGUGCAAGAUCAGUAAAAGGUGUAUAGUGGAGUUUUGGUGAACCGUAAGAGAGCCACCAAAGGGAGGGUCCCGGAGGGGAGUGAGAUGCAUCGAUCAGCGGGCACACAGAGCACUCCUGAAACAAGGUGUAGAUAAUGCUUUAUCCGUCUCCCGUCUUACGUGCGUUGCCGCCACCUCUAAAUAUGCAACCUUGACCCAGUAAUUGUCCCCCUAUCGUUAAAAAAACAGGAGUUAUCCAACAUCCGUUUUGUAAUUGUUACAUAUGAAACAGGUGUUUCCAUUUGUGUUGGCUCAGUGUAUCCGCAAGACUUCUCUUUCCCCCUCCUACCGCUUUUUUUUCUUCUUCUUUCUCAAAAUAAAGACUUCUGCCAUCAAACCACUUCAACCUGCCAGUAUAUGAUCCAUGAGGCAAUAUGGGAAAUCCCAUGACAAUAUUAUUAACAAUGUAUAAUCUCAAAUAUCUGAGGAUUUAUUUAGAAAUUAGUACAUGGGGCAUGCAUCUCAGUGCUGAAUCUCUCUCCAGGUGCCCACCCACAAACCUACCUUCUAUAAUACACUUCUCCCCCCUUCCCCAACAAGAUGCUCCGAACCUCCCAGGCGUCCCAGUCACACCCUAAAGGGCUAUCAGCUAAAGUCACACUUUUCUGAUGUAACGCUCACUUCAAUGGAUCAAUGAUAAUGGAUUCAUGUUGUUCUACAAUGCAUUGGGGCCCGAGUGCAACAAUGGAUUAUUGAGAGAGAAUAAUUUAUGAUCUGAGAAUGUAAAGGAUGCAAAGGGUGUGCCGUGGAGAGGUUCAGUACGAUAGGAACAAAGAGGGGAAAGUAUUUUGUUCCCUUGAAUAAAUAUUGCUGUACAAUGUUGGGGGGGGUC